CUGUUGUCAUCUUCGAAAGCUGUAACCAAGCCUCUGCAGGAGGAGUCAUGUCACUCAGCUAUGUCUUCACAGAAGAACUCUUUGAUGAACUGAAUUAUACCUUCUCCAUCGAUCAAACAUUCGACAUUGAUCCAAAGACAUUACCAUGUGAGACAACACCGCUGGAGCCUAAAGCAGCUCUGAUCCUGUGUUUCAUCCUCAUAGCCAUCUUUUUCCUGGCAAUACCAGGAAACCUAUUGGUGGGGUUGGUGAUCGGCACCAGCAGACAGCCCCUGACUCCGUCGGAUGUGUAUUUGUUUCAUCUGACAAUAGCAGAUGGUCUGAUGGCCCUCACCCUCCCAUUCUCGGCUGUAGCAUUGGUCCAAGGAUGGAUCUUUGGAGACUUCUUGUGCAAGUUCCUCAGCCUCAUCAUCGAAGCAAACUUCUACACCAGCAUCAUCUUCCUGGCCUGUAUUAGCAUUGAUCGUUACCUUGCGAUCGUGCACGCCGGUGAGAGCAUCAGAAACCACCAGAAAACUUGCAGCCGGAUCCUUUGUGCAGCAAUCUGGGCCUUUGGUGGGGCCCUCAGUCUGCCUGCACUUUUCAAUGAAACCUACAAGUUUGACAAAGACUCAGAGAGGUUGGUUUGCUCUGAAAGCUUUGACUUUGGCAGUGCCUCUUCAUGGAGGCUUGCCACACGCUUUUUCCGCCAUUUCUUUGGUUUUUUGCUCCCUCUGUGUAUUAUGCUGACCUGCUACAGCAUCACCAUCGCAAGGCUGCUGCGAACUCGUGGUUUCCAGAAGCACCGAGCAAUGAAAGUGAUCAUAGCCGUGGUGAUUGCAUUUGUGCUGUGCUGGACGCCGUACCACAUAACCAUGAUAGUAGACACGAUCCUGAGGGCCGAUAUGGUGCAAUUUAACUGUGCUAUGAGGAAGUCAGUGAACGUGGCUUUGGUUGCGACCAACUCUCUGGCUCUGCUCCACAGCUGCAUCAACCCUGUCCUCUAUGCAUUCGUGGGAGAGAAAUUCAGGAAAAAAAUGUUGCUGCUUUUUCAGAGGAAGCUCAGGCAGGAGAGGGUGUCAGGGACAAGGUUCAGCAGGUCGACAUCUCAGACAUCAGAUGGAAACGGAGCUGUUCUCUGAAACCUUGGUGGACUUUUUUAUGUACAGCAUACCUUUAUAUUUAUUGUUGUUCCCCCCUAGGCUACUGUAAAUUCUCCCUUGUGCCAGUGUAAAAGCGGUGAGGUUUGAAAUAACAUCAGUUAUUAGAGUAUAGGUCCCUUUUUUCUCUUGGCCAGGGAUCAAGUAAUUUCUAUCUGAAAACUGCUUGAUGACACUGUAUAGGAUAUUUCAGUAUGCAUGUACCCGACUGUCUCUGAUCUGAUCUACAUUUGGAUAAUGUGGUAUACUGCUGCCAUCUAGUGAGCUCACUCUCACCUACACAUCUAUUAUUAAAAACUUGUAUUUCCAGCCUCUGAUUUGAUCAAGUCCGUGUUUAUAUUUCUUAUUACCGUAAGUAUUUUUGUUGUUCAAGAGUAGAUCAGCCUUUCUGUGGAUCUGUAUGCUUCUUGUGUUUUUAAGCAAUGUACAUACUGUAGCAGACUUUCCUAUGUACUGUAUUUCUAUUUAUUUGUAUGAGCUUAAAAGUUUGUAUAUAUUGCUGUUUUUCUCAGUAAAAGUAAAAAACUUUGCAACCUUCCCUGAAAUGA